AUGAACGUUGCUUCGAAGAAACCCUCUUUUCUAAUCAGAGACAUAUUGGGGAUCGAGCCCAGCUCCCUGGAAACCGCGUCAUCAUUGACGUCAUCAAGUACGAGCCACGGACGGUUACAACUACCGUUUUUUCCAUACCCAAUCCACCCAAUGGGGAUUAGCGCAACUCUGCCGACUUCCUAUGGAUACCACAGGGCCUGUUAUCCAUUGGCGGAUGUAUUUCCCGACCACAGGGACGCUACCCUUUCAAUCCCCAUCCCACUUCCGGUCUACAUUCGGACGCGCUCGCCGUCUUCGCUGGGUAUUCUGGGAAAGUCGAAGAAGUGCCGACGCAGUCGGACGGUUUUUUCCGAACUUCAGCUGAUGGGUCUGGAGAAGCGGUUCGAACAACAGAAAUACCUGUCCACCCCCGACAGAAUGGACUUGGCCGAGACGCUGGGACUGACGCAGAUACAGGUGAAAACGUGGUAUCAGAAUCGCCGAAUGAAAUGGAAGAAACAGGUGAUGCAGAAAGGAGGUGCGGAGCCCCCAACCAAACCGAAAGGCCGUCCAAAGAAAUCCUCGUUAGAAACAACCGUCCAAACCAGCCACGCGGGCACGUGCUCGGCGACAAACAGUGCUACUUCCGGUCUUAACGGUCAGAACGAGGCUGACAGUGAAAACGUGACGUCAUCAGUGUCGUCAUCAGAGACAUAA